AGCAGCAGCAGACCACGGGGGGAAGGCACUACGGAUGAGCAGGGUGCGAAAUGGCAGCAGCAUAGGACUAUGGUGUGCUUAACUCAGUUCCUAGGUUGUUCGGAGAAAGAAUUCCAAGUUAAGUUCAGUGUCAAGCUAGAGGGUAUGCGUUGAUGCAUAUGCACUGCGUGUUACGGAUGUUGCACUGCAUGCUACGGAUGUUGCACCAGCUGGAGGAUGAUCAGGGCAUCCAGCUCACGAAGAGAUAGGAUGCCAGUUUCUUAGAAUUCUCAAGGACGAUCAUUUAGAUCCACAGCGUCAUCUGCACGGGGGGUGGGCAGCAGGAGCAGCAGUAUGGGCAGGGAGAGCAGAAGAGCAGGCGGAGCAGGAGCAGCGGGAUUAGGAGUAGGAGGGCCAGGGGGGCGGAUCUCAGUGAUGCAGCUGCGGGUGAUGGUUGAAGCCAACCCAGAGACUAUGGGGCAGCGGAGCAAGCAUGAAUUCAAGGGAAGGCAAUGGGACGGGGAUGGGGAUGGGGAUGGGGAUGGGGAUAGGCGGGCUGAAUGCACCCUUCGGAAGAUCCACAGCUUCGUUUGCAAGAAGGAGAGCAGCAGGAGGAGCAGCAGGAGGAGCAGCAGGACUAGGAGUAGCAGGAUUAUUAGGAGCGGGAUUAGGGGGGGGAGGAAGGUCAGGGCCAGGGGGGCGGAUCUCAGUGGUGCAGCUGCGGGAGAUGGUGGAAGCAAACCCCGAGGCGUUUCUGCGCGCCUUUGAUUCCGUGGCCAAGCGGAUGGAGGCAGCGCGCAAGAGGCGGACCGUUACGGUUUCCAGCAAGCACAACUCGCGGACCGACAUCCUCCGAUCCGAAGUCUCCUUAGACAUUCCCUCCGUCUCGCCCUUUCCCUUCCCGCUCCCGUCCCUCACACGCCUUCCCCUCUUCUCCUCCCCCUCCUCCAACUCCUCCUCCUCCUCCUCAUCUCCCUCCUCCUCCUCCUCCUCUUCCUCCUCCUCUUCCUCCUCUUCCUCACCCCCCUCCUUCCCGCUGCACAUCAGAGCAGUGGCAGAGGGUCGCCCCUCCUCCCCCUUCACCCGCUUCUCCAUCGCCCCGGGAACUCCGCCUGAGGUGGGACUAGCCCCGCCUGGUGCCGUCCUUCGGAGCCACUUUACACUCUGGGGACAACUCGCUCGUGCAAAUCUUCCACGAUCUACAGGAGUGCCCAAGCCGCCGAACAGCGCUCAUGGGGGGGUGGUGGGCUCGCUCCAUGGCCUACCGUGCCAUCCUCUCACUCAAGCUGCCUGCCUGCCAUGUGGUCAACGGGCUCAAGGCCAGCCUUUUCCUGCCGUGCAAGCCUCUCAGGGGAGUGCUUCAGGUGGAAGGGCGCUCGCCAGACACAGCCACUGUGGGGUUUGCAUAUCAGGUGCUGAGGGGAGUGCUUCAAGUGGAAGGGCCUUCGCCGGACACAGCCACUGUGGGGUUCGCCUACCGGUUAGGGCUUGCUGUUGAGUGGGGUUUACCUGCCACUCACCUGUGUGGGCCAGCCUUCUCCUGCUGUGCAAGGCGAGCCGCUGAGGGGCGUGCUGCAGGUGGAAGGGCGGUCGCCAGACACUGCCACUGUGGGUUUUGCAUACCAGCACCCCUUUGGAACACGUAUCACUCCCUCAUUCUCUCUUGCCGACCGGGGCAUGCCAUUGGAGGUUCUUCAGCCAAUCACAGUGCGACAGCUGGGACGCGCUGUCAAGCCCGAAGCUCAAAUACGGUUCAGGAGCACGAUAUCAGGCACGUGGCAGGAUUGGGAGGUGGAGACAACAAGGUUCCUGUGUACAGAUGAGGUGGUGGUGGGGGCAGCAGGGGCGUCUCAGGGCGGAGUGGCAGUGAGUGUUGGGUACAAGGCUGGUGUGGUGCCUGUGGCCUUCAUUUCCCUCUCUGGAGGGGGUAGAAGGUGGCGCAGGAAAGCAGGGUCUGGCAAGGGAGCUGGUUACCAGCUAAGGCUGGAAGUGCCGCCAUCAAAUCUCAGGAGAGCAGUGAUUUCAUGGGACGACACCCAUGGUAUAGAAUUCUAGUGAUUAACAUAAGCUAUUUUAGUUUUCACUGGGUGUAGUUGUUCAAUCUGGAGAAGCUUAAAUGUACUCUACAGUCAUGUGAUAAUCCACUGUA